CCCAAUAACCCGGUGCUUUAAAGCUCCCUCAACGUCCGCGACGAAACGUUCACGUUACGGUCUGAUCACAAAGUUUUAGAAAGAUUCAUUUUUGCAUAAACGACAUCAAUUGCGAAUUAUAAUAAUGUCUAAUCUUGUUUUAAACGCGUUCGAAAAUCUUCGUGGAGUGUUUUCGUUUUGAACUUUUUUAAGAUAAAUUUUUAUAAAAAUUAUCUUGACAUGAUUUUUAGGUGCGAUGUUGUUUAAAAUGUCUUUAUGAACUGUUGGAGAGACAAAUUGGUGAAAAAAAGAAUAACAUAAAUCUGAUUUAGACAACCAAAAUGGAGUUGAACAUCAGUAACGGCACAUUUAACGUUAUGGAUUAUCAAAACCAAUUCGAUAAUGACUUGGUAUCUAAAUACAUGAAUAAUCGUGCUGUUGGGGAACCAGCUUUCGCCGUAUUAAUAAUCCUGUACAGCAUAUUAAUAUUGAUUGGCGCUUUAGGAAAUAUGUUGGUGAUUGUCUCCGUUAUAAGAAAACCAUCGAUGCGAACACCUAGGAACAUGUUUAUCGUUAAUUUAGCAAUUUCAGAUCUUCUUCUCUGUACAGUAACUAUGCCAUUGACGUUAAUGGAGGUACUUACAAAGUACUGGCCGUUGGGAAACUACGCUACACUGUGUCAGAUGAAAAACACUUUACAAACUGUUAGUGUGUUCGUUACAGCAACCACAAUAGCAGCGAUAGCACUUGACCGGUACAGGGUUAUCGUAUAUCCAACGAGAGAGAGCCCAAAUUUAAGCUUAACCGGUAUCAUUUUAUUCACUAUAUGGUGUGGAACUUUAUUUUUAGCUUCUCCAAUGUUCGCAUAUACAACAUUGAUUCAUCACGACAUUAAAAUUAAUGACACCAAUUUGAGUUUAAACUUUUGUAUUGAAGAUUGGCCGUUUAAAAGUGGAAGGGCUGCUUAUACUGUGUUUGCUUUAAUAUUCCAGUAUUUAGUUCCUAUUUUUAUACUUUCGGGUGCAUACCUGAGUAUUUAUUUAAAAUUGAGAUAUAGAUUUGCGACUGGUUUUGUAAGUAACGAAGCUAGUCAAAAUACACUUAGACGACAAACACGCGGAAGAAGACUGAAACGAACAAACAUCCUAUUAGUAUCCAUAACAGUAAUCUUUUGUAUCAGUUGGUUACCUCUUCAUGUUUUCAACUUAAUCGCAGAUACCACAGCGGAAUUUUAUCAUCCAGUUCCAUACGCUGUUUGUCAUAUGAUAAGCAUGUCUUCGGCGUGUUCAAAUCCGAUACUCUACGGAUGGCUAAAUGAAAACUUUUGGAAAGAGUUCAAAGAUUUAUUGUGUUUCUCCACCGGCGAUGAGCAAGAUGAACAAAAACGAAGUGUAACUAGAAAAUCUUCAAAAAAAAUUGUAAAUAAAGAAGAAAAAGUUGCUUUGGAGGAUCCCGGCGUUAAUUGCUCAACUGAAAUGAGUAAUUUUGCUACCAGCUAGCUUUUAAGGAAACCCACCACAGGAAAUGGUGGGAUUUUAAAGACGUCUUUGUAAUUUAAUAGAAACUGUUUUGAAAACGCUUUAUCGAAUUGUGUGUGAAAUGUUAUUUCAUUAAGAUAUAUAUAGUACUUAAAAAGCUUAAAUGUAAAUAAAAAAUAUAUUGUAUAGGUAAAAUCAAAAAU